AGAGUCAGGAAGAUCCCUUCUUCCUGCGGUCGAGUCCGUGUGACAGCUAGCGCAUUGUCUCGCACAUUAGGGUAGAAAAAAGGACUAGCAGCCACGCACCGCUAGCUAGACCAGAGACUACGUUACAAAACAAGUGCAGUGGGUUUUCUUUUAGGGGCAUUCAGAUUGGAUUGUUUUUCUUUUCCAAACAAUGGGGAACAGAGAUGAUGAAUACGAUUUCUUGUUCAAAGUGGUGUUGAUCGGGGACUCUGGCGUGGGGAAGAGUAACCUGCUGUCCCGUUUCACACGCAACGAGUUCAACCUGGAGAGCAAGAGCACCAUUGGCGUGGAGUUUGCCACCCGCAGCAUCCAGGUGGACGGCAAGACGAUAAAGGCUCAGAUCUGGGACACGGCGGGACAGGAGCGCUACAGAGCCAUCACUUCAGCGUACUAUCGGGGGGCAGUAGGGGCCCUGCUUGUGUAUGACAUCGCCAAGCACCUGACCUAUGAGAAUGUGGAGCGCUGGCUGAAGGAGCUGCGGGAUCACGCUGACAACAACAUUGUCAUCAUGCUGGUGGGCAACAAGAGUGACCUGCGCCACCUGAGGGCCGUGCCCACUGAUGAAGCACGUGCCUUUGCAGAGAAGAAUAAUCUCUCCUUUAUUGAAACAUCAGCCUUGGACUCGACUAACGUAGAAGAGGCCUUCAAAAACAUCCUCACAGAGAUUUACCGCAUCGUGUCACAGAAGCAGAUUGCCGAUCGGUCAGCACAUGACGAAUCUCCAGGCAACAACGUAGUGGACAUCAGUGUGCCACCCACCACUGACGGGCAAAGAGGCAACAAACUGCAGUGCUGCCAGAACCUGUGACCCCUGACCCCAACAGGAACCCCUUCUUACUACCCACCCCUAUUCUCUGCUUUGCUCCCUAGUAUUGUGCUGCUCCACCCCCUUUUAUGUAUACAAAUUUCUUUUUAUUACUUGUUGAUUCUGUCCUUCUGCCAUGUAAUGAAGUUUUACAACCUCCCUCUCUCUGUCUGUCAUUCAUGGACUGAGCCCCCAUUCUCCUGCA